AUGGAUCUGAUGGAUCUAGGGACUGCGGCAGCCGCCCUGGCCGGAGGCGCGACGGUGGCAGCAUACCUGAACGCCAAAUUUCACAUCAAGAAGGACGUCUCGUCAGUGUUGACCCUCCGAAAGGGCGAACGCGAAUAUGCCCGAGCCGUGGAGCAGGGCCGCGGGAAUCCGUGGUAUGUGUUUUUGGAGACAAUGAAGAAGUACCCCGACAUGAUCUGCCUCUGGACUCGAGAGAGGUCGUAUACCUACCGAGAAGUCCAUGAACAGGCCUGCCAAUACGCCCACUUUUUCCUAUCCCAGGGCGUCAACAAAGGGGACUUGGUUGGCUUCUACCUGCAGAACCGAGCCGAGUUUAUCAUCGCGUGGAUUGCCACCUGGAGUAUUGGAUGCGCUCCUGCUGCGAUCAAUUACAACCUGACCGGCGACGCAUUGGUGCACUGUCUCAGGAUUAGCGGUGCCAAAUUCACGCUCGUUGAUGAGGAUCCGACCUGCCGCACCCACGUGGAGGAAUGUCGGGAUACCCUCACGGGCGAACUGGACAUGAAGUUGAUGGACUUGGAUGACUCGCUCAAGGCGCAUAUUCGCACUUUGCCGACUACUCUCCCGCCCGCGGACCUUGCAAAGAAUAUGUCCGGCGAGUUCCCGGCAAUUCUGCUCUACACUUCCGGAACCACGGGCAUGCCCAAGGGCUGUGCGUUUACCGCGGCCCGACUCUACACCGCGCUCUUCGUCCGCCGUGACAUGAUGGGUGAUAAGGAGGGCCCGGAUGGUGAUCGUUGGUACAGCUGCAUGCCUCUAUACCACGGCACCGCGGCUAUCAGCUUGAUCGCAUGCAUGACAUCGGGCGUUAGUGUUGCCCUGGGACCGAAAUUUAGCGUUCGCAAUUUCUGGAAGGAUAUCCGAGACUCCGAGUCGACAUUCUUCGUCUAUGUCGGCGAGACGGCUCGUUAUCUGCUUGCACCGCCUCCUUCACCGCAGGAUAAAAACCACAAGGUGCGCUGUAUGUACGGAAAUGGUCUGCGACCCGAUAUCUGGGAAACUUUCCGCACGAGAUUUGGUGUUCCGGAAGUGGGCGAGUUCUUUAACAGCACGGAGGGCAUUUUCGGCCUGUUCAACUAUAACCGCGGGCCCUUUACAGCUGGUAGCGUUGGUCACCACGGCUUGCUGAUGCGCGGGCUUCUUCACAACACAUUCAUUCCCGUCGCCAUUGACCCGGAGACCGGUGAUGUUCUCCGAGACCCCAAAACGGGCUUUGUCAUCCGCGCGACUUACGAAGAGGGCGGAGAGAUUAUCGUCAGCAUCCCGGACGAGCAGGCAUUCCAAGGCUACUGGCGCAACGACUCCGCCACGGAAAAGAAAUUCCUGCGCGACGUCUUUAAGAAGGGCGAUAUCUACUACCGCUCCGGUGAUGCCCUCCGCCGCCAGACCGACGGCCGCUGGUACUUCCUCGACCGUCUCGGCGACACAUUCCGAUGGAAGAGCGAGAACGUCGCAACCGCCGAAGUCGCCGAAGUAAUCGGUCAAUUCCCCGGCAUCGCCGAGGCAAACGUCUACGGCGUCAAACUCCCCAACCACGAAGGCCGUGCUGGCUGCGCUGCUCUGCAAAUUACUCCCGAGGCACGCCAGACCUUCGACUACGCCGCACUUGCCCGUUUCGCUCGCUCCAAGCUCCCGCGCUACGCGGUCCCCGUUUUCCUGCGCGUCGUUGAUACCUCUUCACACAUCCACAACCAUAAGCAGAACAAGGUUCCUCUUCGCGAUGAGGGUGUUGAUCCGGCGCUUAUUGGAACCAAGGUUCCAGAUGGAAAGAGUAACACGUUCCUGUGGAUUGCUCCUGGCGAGCAGGAAUAUUCGUCCUUUGGAAAGGAGGAGUGGGAGAGGAUUGUUAGCGGGUCUGCGAGGUUGUAG